UGAUAAGAGAUUUGAUUCACGAAAUAAUAUCCCACAACUGCUAUCCCAACCAACUCUUUGUCACUUAAAUAAUCACAACUUUCAUACAUUACAUAAUACAUACUGUAAAACCCAUAAUUAUUUAUAAUCAUGGCUUUCUUAUCUUCAUACUCUCCACUAUCCCUUCCCACCCUCCAUUCUUCCUCAUCUUCUUCAGCUCCGAGACUACUCCUCACUUCUUCUCCGACAUUAACGCCAUUAAAUCACUACUUCCCAACCUCCCAACCCCUCACCGCCAUCCACACGCCGUUAACUACUACUUCUGAUCCCCACAAGUGGAGAACCAAUGUCUCAUUCUUUUCUUCACUCUUGCCCAAAAAAGGCAAAGACGCUACAGAGCUCAAGGAAGAGCUUCUCGAGGCCAUUGCCCCUCUUGAUCGUGGCGCAGAGGCCACCCCAGAAGACCAGGAGAGAAUUGAUCAGAUUGCCCGCAAACUUGAAGCAGCUAAUCCAACAAAAGAGCCACUUAAAUCUGAUUUAUUGGACGGAAAAUGGGAACUCAUAUACACUACGUCAAGAUCGAUUUUGCAAACCGGGAGACCUAAAUUUUUAAGAUCAAUUGCAAAUUACCAAGCUAUCAAUGUGGAGACACUUAGGGCGCAAAAUAUGGAAUCCUGGCCUUUCUUUAAUCAGGUAACGGCAGAUUUAACACCUUUAAACUCAAGAAAGGUGGCAGUAAAGUUUGAUUACUUCAAAAUUGGAGGUCUUAUUCCAGUUAAAGCUCCUGAUAGAGCCCGUGGAGAAUUAGAAAUAACAUACUUGGAUGAAGAGUUACGAUGCCUUUGACGAACGUUUUCUUCAUCUGUUUCUGCACCUGCAACAAUGGCGAAUGCCUCCUCCUCCACUGCUCAUGCGUCUAUGGCACAUGCCUCCUCCUCCCCUGCCCCUGCAAAUCAUCCAUGGAAUCCUUUUUCCAACUCUCUCACCUCAUCUCUUACUCUGAAACUCGAUCGUCUCAACUUCUUAUCUAGGAAAUCUCAGGUGGUUCCAGCUGUUAUUGGGCAUGAUCUUGACGGAAUAUUGUUUACUGGAGUUCCACCACCUCGAAAUCUUGUAACAGGAAUCCCAAAUCCAGAGUACGUGCAAUGGCGAAGGAGGGAUCAACUCCUCCAUUCAUGGCUUCGAUCCUUCAUGACAGAAAGCAUACUUGCAUUCAACGAGAAACAACCUUCUUAGUCAGCAUAACCGUUUAAAAGAUAAAAACAAAGAGCAGUUGGGUAGUUAUUAAAUAUUAUCCCAUGUGCAUAUAAAUGAAACGUGGGGAAUGUCUACGUUUCAUCAGCAGUUGUAAGUGAUUAGAUCCCAAUAAAAAUAACUACUAACCUAUACACCUAUAAAUAGGGACAGAAUUUAUGGGAAAAGGGAAGAAAAAAUUGAGGGAGAAUUCUAUUAUUUAUAUUUAUUCAUAAUUAUACUUUGUAUUCAAAUAAAUAUUCCUAAUAAUAUGGACUCGUGGAGUAUGUAGAUUUUAAUUAUAAAACCACGUAAAA